UUGGAGCUGACGCGUACAUGCAAACUGGUCUGAGCCGUUUAGCUGCAAUAGACAGAACUCAGACAAACACUGUUUACACACACACAUUUGUCUGUCAGGGCGGUGUUGAUGAAUACAGAUAUUGAUUGAUGCAUGCCAUAUUGACUUGGCUUAUUUAAUUACACGAGGGAGAAAAAUACAGUAUAAGAAACACCCCACAGUAUUGUACAGUGCACUUUUACAGCACUACGGAUCACAAUAAUUGUUCGAUAUAACUUGACGGGAGUAUUCUUCGCACAUUUGUGACAAGAUUGAAUGGUUGGAAACAGCACCGCCUUGUGUCGAUGAGCGGGAAGGCGUCUGAUCGGUUGCUUGGCUACAAGGCAACAACUGGCUUCGCCUGAGGUGCUGGUGGAAAAAAAUAGGCAAAAGCUCUACACUGGAAGUAUUAACAAUUUUAUGUCGUAAUAGCAGCAAAGCUACUAAACUGCUCCAGCUGGGAAACACCAAAAAUGGCGUCAGUGGUUCAACAUGGCCGACGGAGAGGAUCCAGUAUGAGUGUCUCUCCAGCAGAGGACAGCAGUGGCACCAUCCAGCCUCCAGAUCUCCAUCAGGUCACCAUCUUAUCCAAGGCAGACUGGCUGAGGAUCCAGGGCAAAAUCAAGGGUGUGGACAAGGAGAAGGAGAGCAUGAUGGAGGCCAUGAGGCAGAGAGAACUUCUCCAACAGAAGUCCAAAGAGAUGGCCAAGCUGUGGCCCAACACCCUCGCUUGUCAAAGACAGAAGAAGCUGGAGGCGAAGAAGAUCCGGGACCAGAUGGAGGAGGACAAAAGGAACCGGAUCGACAUGGAAGAGGCCAAAUACCGAGAGGAACAGCGCAAAGAGGCCAUCGAGAAGGCAAAGCGGCAGCUGUACUAUCAAACAGAGCGCGUCAAAGGACUACACCGUGCACUCUUGCUAACAGAGGUUCUGAAGGAAAGGGAGGCCCAAAUGGAGCUGAAGCAAAGAAGAAAGAGUGCCUCCAAAGAGCUUGACAAAGAAUAUGUGGAGAUGAUGAAGGCCAGAGAGGAUGAGGCUUUGAAAAGAGAGCAGGAGAGAAAACAAGAGAAAAGACUGGAAAGACAGGCUGUUGCAGAGGACCUGAAGAAGCAGAUAGAGGAAAAUCAGCUCGCAAGAGAACAACAGAAGCUCCAGACCAAGAAGGACGGCGAGGAGAUCCAACGCCUUCAAGAGCUCCAUCAGUGGGAGCUCAAGCUGGAGGAGGAGACGCAAGCCAAGCAGAAGAGCGAAUUCAUGCAAGCUCAGCUGGAGCAUCUUGCUCAAAGAGACAUCUCAAAGGCGGCUGAUACGGAACAACAGGAGGCGGAGGAAGCCCAAAGAAAGCUUUUCCUGUCUGCAAAGGAGAAAAUGGUGAAGUUGAGAAGGGACAAAGAACAGGAGUUGCUCAAAGAGGUCCAGAAUCGCAGAGAGAAGAUCAUGGACAAACUAGCAAUGGCUCAGCAGGAGCAGACGGAGCAGCAGGAGCAGCGGCUGGCCAAGGCUGUGGCAGAGCAGGAUGCAAAGAGGAUGCAGCAACAGUGGGAGGAGGAGGAGCGGAGGGCGGCGAUGAUGAAGUCAAUCACAGCACAUCGGGAACACAUGGUCCAGGAAAAGGAAAGCGAUGACUCCAUGAGAAAGGAGAAGGAAAGAGCAGCGCUGCAGGCAAAGAAAGAAGCUGACAGGAUAUUCUCAGAGGAACAGAAACUAAAGGCGCAGAACACCAGACAGGAGCUUCAGAAGUUACAAGGUUUCAAUGCAUGCCAGAUGGUGGAGAAACAGGCCAGGCGGCAACAAGUGAGGAGAGCAGAACACGGGUUUGAAGCAAAGAACCUCGAGCUCCUUGCUGAAGAGGAGAAAGCUUUUGAGAAGUACUCCUUGGAGGUGGUCCAAGCAGCAGCCGCCGCUCAGCGCAGCGUCCUUCCACUUUACAAGGCCGUGAGGGAGGGGGUCGCAUGCGGUCCCAGUUUUCCCGGAGCGAGACCUCGCUACCUUGUUCAAGACACGAGUGGCGCUGAAAUGCCGAAAUACAUCUCAGCCACCACGCGGGGUAUCAAGGAGAUUCAUGAGGUUGUAGAUAUUGAAGAGGCAAAGAAGAGGCUUGGGUUUAUGUGGUGACAUGGGACAUCCCGAUGGCCUCUCCAGGCUGGAAGCAAAAACUGACUUAAGGAGAACUGAACGAAGCUAACAUUUCAAAAGAUGCGACUUAGGGCCUGUCCACACGAGGAUGUUUACUUAGGGCCUGUCCACACGAGGAUGUCUACUUAGGGCCUGUCCACACGAGGAUGUUUUCAGGUGGACACGGUUAAGUGAAGUGACGUUCCAUGUCCAAAGAAAGAAAGUGACUCAGAGAAGUAAUUCCACUUCGUUGUUAGUCAACACAAGCCGGACAAGUGGAAGAUGAUGGACCUACAGUAAUGGGCAUGUGUUCUUUGGAGCAUUCCCGUGUGUGAACUGUAAUUGUGCUAAUAAUUGCUGCAGAACAAUAUUCUAAAAUGUUAUUUGGAUAUUUUUAAUUUCUUUCUACAGGAGGGGGAACAUCUUGCACAAUAAACAACAUUUUUAUGUUGUACUUCUGGCGUUACACUUUCCUCUAUUUCAAAACAAACAAGAGGCAUCACUCAGUGGACGAAGAUGACAAGAGACUGAUAUAUCUAG